UAGCCUGUGAAAGGCAGUCGGCUAAGUGGUAGGGGCAGAAGGAAGAUAGAGUGCUUUCAAAAGUGCCUAUGUGUAAGUAAACAGAGCAGUGUGCCAAUUACAACGUUAUAAUGUUCUACAGAAGAGAGAUGCACACCAAGAAUGCUAGCCUGGACCUGGGGUGUGUCUUGGAAGGCUUAACCAGGAAGAGGACGAUUCAGUUCUAUUUGAAUCAAGACUGAUGCUGCGUGGUGGAGAGGAACUGCGUUCUAGGCAGAGGCAGUCCAGAUGCAAAAGAGCAGAGAUGGGAGGGACAGCACAGUGGCUUCUCAGAAGUGAAUAUAGUGUUAGGCUUCUAAAAGAGCUGUGGUAGAGGGAGAAAACUGUCAAAGGAAAUCAGUAACUGUUGAAGGAAAUACCACAAACGCCCUCCUUCCAGGCUGACUAAUGGCUUAUGGGAGCAAAUGAGCCACAGAAACGAUACGAGCAACUGCUGUUCUUUCAAAAUACCCGGGCAGAGGAACUGGCAGACGAUGGGCAGCACUGAACAAACAACUGAGAUCCUGUUGUGCCUAUCACCUGUGGAAGUUGCCAAUCUUAAGGAAGGAAUCAAUUUCUUUCGUAAUAAGAGCACUGGCAAAGACUACAUCUUGUACAAGAGUAAGAGCCGACUGAGGGCAUGCAAGAAUGUGUGCAAGCACCAAGGAGGCCUGUUCAUAAAAGAUAUCGAGGAUUUAGCUGGAAGGUCUGUUAGAUGCACAAAGCAUAACUGGAAAUUAGAUGUGAGCACCAUGAAGUAUAUCAACCCUCCAGAAAGCUUCUGUCAAGAUGAGCUGGUUGUUGAAAUGGAUGAAAACAACGGACUUUUACUUUUAGAACUGAAUCCUCCUAAUCCUUGGGACUCAGAGCCCAGAUCUCCUGAAGAGUUGGAUUUUGGAGAAGUCCAGAUAACAUACCUCACUCACGCCUGCAUGGACCUCAAGUUAGGAGACAAGAGAAUGGUGUUUGACCCUUGGUUAAUCGGUCCUGCUUUUGCCCGAGGAUGGUGGUUGCUCCAUGAGCCUCCAUCUGAUUGGCUGGAGAGGCUGUGCCAGGCAGACCUCAUUUACAUCAGUCAUCUGCACUCGGACCACCUGAGUUACCCCACACUGAAAAAGCUUGCUGGGAGAAGACCAGAUAUUCCCAUUUAUGUUGGAAACACAGAAAGGCCUGUAUUUUGGAAUCUGAAUCAGAGCGGUGUCCAGUUGACUAAUAUCAAUGUCGUGCCAUUUGGAAUAUGGCAGCAGGUGGACAAAAAUCUUCGAUUCAUGAUCUUGAUGGAUGGUGUUCAUCCUGAGAUGGACACUUGCAUUAUUGUGGAGUACAAAGGUCAUAAAAUACUGAAUACAGUGGACUGCACCAGACCCAAUGGGGGAAGGCUCCCUACGAAGGUUGCUCUAAUGAUGAGUGAUUUUGCUGGAGGAGCAUCAGGCUUUCCAAUGACUUUCAGUGGUGGAAAAUUUACUGAGGAAUGGAAAGCCCAAUUUAUUAAAACAGAAAGGAAGAAGCUCCUGAACUACAAGGCUCAGCUGGUGAAGAACCUGCAACCCCGAAUUUAUUGUCCCUUUGCUGGGUAUUUUGUGGAAUCUCACCCAUCAGACAAGUACAUCAAAGAAACAAACACCAAAAAUGACCCAAAGGAACUCAACAAUCUUAUCAAGAAAAACUCUGAUGUGAUAACAUGGACCCCUCGACCUGGAGCCACCCUUGAUCUGGGAAGAAUGCUGAAGGAUCCAACAGACAGCAAGGGCAUCAUAGAGCCUCCAGAAGGGACCAAAAUUUACAAGGAUUCCUGGGAUUUUGAACCUUAUUUGGAAAUCUUGAAUGCUGCUGUAGGAGAUGAAAUAUUUCUUCACUCAUCCUGGAUAAAAGAAUACUUCACUUGGGCUGGAUUUAAAGAUUACAACCUUGUGGUCAGGAUGAUUGAGACAGAUGAGGACUUCAAUCCUUUUCCUGGAGGAUAUGACUAUUUGGUUGACUUUCUAGAUUUAUCCUUCCCAAAAGAAAGACCACAACGAGAACAUCCCUAUGAGGAAAUCCGUACCCGGGUGGAUGUCAUCAGACACGUGGUGAAGAAUGGUCUACUCUGGGAUGAGUUGUAUAUAGGAUUCCAAACACGGCUCCAGCGGGAUCCUGACAUAUACCAUCACCUGUUUUGGAAUCAUUUUCAAAUAAAACUUCCCCUCACGCCACCCAACUGGAGGUCAUUCCUGACGUGCUGUGAGCAGAAUGGGCCUGGGAUUUCACAAGAAUGCAAAACCACAUGAAAAUUUCAAGAAUUCACUGAUGAAUGAAAAACAAAAUAAAAAUGUAUCAUUACAUCUUGAACACAGGAAGCUUACAGCAAAGAGACUAUGCUUUAUGACAUCAGCAAUGGAUAAUUCUAUGUUGCCUUUGUGAUUUGUGUAUAUAGCUUACAUUUAUAGAUCACUACAUAGCCAGAUGAAAAAAUAUUUUAUUCCAUCCACAGUUCUCUACAAAAAGAACCAAUGAACCCAAUAAGAACAAAUUAUCUGUGGAAAACAAAGCAUAACUGUAGUAGAUACGAAUCCAAUCACCAAGGAAACAGGAAGAGGAAAACAUCCAAAACUACAAUGAGGAUAGGAAAUGGUCUGUUUUUGUGAUAUUCGUAUGAUUAAGACACCAAUGUUUUCCUAGGAAAAUGUGAUUGUUAACUAGGAUUCUGUUUUACAUGUUGACAUUUCCAACACACACACCACUGAUUUGAAUUUCAAAAUUUAUUUUCUGAUUAUAUAUGCUACGUCUGAUUCUGAAGAUACAAAAAUUCAAUGGUGGAAUUUGUUUCCUGAAAUUUCUAGAUUCAUACUUAGAAGUGUUUAUUACCAGCUUCUCAUUUAGAUUAAUAUCAAUGAUGUUUGAUUAUUCUGGUUAACCACACACAUUAUGCAUAACAAUAAUGCUAGAAAUUCAGGAAUUAUAUUUUGUGAUUUAUACUGUGUGAUAAAUUAUUCAAUUUUCACUGAAAAUAAAUAUAAUGUAUAUCAAUAUAAUGUAGGUCAGAGUGUCUAUGGUGAACAAAUAAAAGAUUAUUUUAAAAUAUGAA